AUGUUGUUUCAAUUAAGAUGUGAUAAGAAAACAGGACGUCUUCUCGUUCACCCUUCUAUAAAAAAAACUUUAAAAGAGCGUUUCCUAGAAAAAGGAUUUGAAUUUGUUUCUAACGGUAUCCGUGUUAGAAGGGCGUACAAGCCGGUCGAUGUGUGCAAGAGUAAAGCACGUGCGACUGCGGCCACUCAUGGGCGCUCCCUCCUCCAGGCUGCUGCCGCACACAAGAGCUUGUUAAAUGUAAGUGGCUUGUUCUACUUUGAAAUAAAUUACUUCUCAAAAUCAAAAGACAUUUAUUCAAAUGGUGUCAGCGGCGCAGCGCAAGCUGGUGUGGUGUCGUCUGAUCGCCGCGUGCCGUUGCGGUGCAUGCAGGCAGCGUUCCUCGCUGCCUGCAUGCACCGCAACUUCAUGUACUCGCACUCGCCCUCUGCACCCGUGUUGACGCAUUCGUCUUAUAUUGCAACUUCACACGUAGUCCCAGCGGCAAAAUUCAAGUCAAAAUCAGCUAUGAAAUGCCCACAACACCUCAGACUUCAAGGACAAAAACACUCAAUUAAUAGUCACUAUAGAUGGAUGGAAGAUGAGAAAAAUGAGAAGAAAAAAGGUGUUGAAGUAAGAGAUUCGGUGGUGACAGAGCAGUGA